AGCGAGGUCUUCGAGGCCAUCAACAUCACCAACAACGAGCGCGUGGUCGUCAAGAUCCUCAAGUGAAGAAAAAGAAGAUAAAACGCGAGGUGAAGAUUCUGGAGAACCUGCGUGGUGGCACCAACAUCAUUAAUCUGAUUGACACUGUCAAGGAUCCGGUGUCAAAGACCCCUGCUCUGGUUUUUGAGUACAUCAAUAAUACAGAUUUUAAGCAACUGUACCAGAUCCUGACAGACUUUGAUAUUCGAUUUUAUAUGUACGAGCUGCUGAAGGCCCUGGAUUACUGCCACAGCAUGGGCAUCAUGCACAGGGACGUCAAGCCCCACAACGUCAUGAUAGACCACCAACAGAAAAAGCUGCGGCUCAUAGACUGGGGCCUGGCAGAGUUCUACCAUCCCGCUCAGGAAUACAAUGUCCGCGUGGCCUCUAGGUACUUCAAAGGGCCGGAGCUCCUCGUGGACUACCAAAUGUAUGACUACAGCUUAGACAUGUGGAGUUUAGGCUGUAUGCUGGCUAGCAUGAUCUUCCGAAAGGAGCCCUUCUUCCAUGGCCAGGACAAUUAUGACCAGCUGGUUCGCAUCGCAAAGGUCCUGGGCACGGAUGAGCUGUAUGGGUAUCUCAAGAAGUACCACAUAGAACUGGACCCACACUUCAAUGAUAUCCUGGGCCAGCAUUCCCGGAAGCGCUGGGAGAACUUCAUCCACAGCGAGAACAGGCAUCUGGUGAGCCCCGAAGUCCUCGACCUGCUGGAUAAGCUCCUGCGGUAUGACCAUCAACAGAGGCUGACUGCCAAGGAGGCCAUGGAGCACCCCUAUUUCUAUCCAGUGGUGAAGGAGCAGUCCCAGCCCAGCUCAGAAAAUGCUGUACUCUCCAGUGGCCUGACGACAGCACGAUGAAGACUGGAACACGACGGGUAAUUCAAGAUGUUUACAAAUAAAAACAAAACCUUCGGUCACACAGUGAAGGGAAAUGAACCAAGGCCCCCCCCCCCAUCCCCACCCUUUCCCCUCCCCUUUAUACUCAGCCGAAAUCUAACCUUGUGGGGGGGGUCGUAAACCUCAGUUCCUCUCUGGUGGUUGUGGUUAAUGUAACUCUAACCCUGUGGUACCAAAGCCCUGGGCAAAUGGUUUUCCAAGAGCUAAGCGUAUAGCGAUGUCCCUAGGGCUCAACACAACUGAUUCUGGUUCACAUCUCUAUGGAUCCUACUCUUCCUUCUCAGUCCAGCCUUCCUCACCAUCCUGGUGGGGACAGAUUUGCCGUUCCACCGUCAGCCCUUAGUUUGCCUCUUUCUAAACUUGCCUUUCCCACUUACCCUCUCACUGAACCAAAUUCAGGCCGGGGGUGAGCAGMAGGCACCGUUCUCUUGAGGUCCGAGUCCUGCUCACUCUGCGCUUGAAUUUGACCCUUGAAUUCCAGUUUCAAUUGCAGAUGCCAGAGCAGCGGGUUGGGGAGGGCGGGAUGGGGAAAUUUGAGGACAGCGAGCCACACACCCAGCAGCGACGCCGGAGCGSUUUUGAGCAUUAAAUAAAAUAGUGCCGCUGGCCGAGUGGCCGGGGAAGAGGCGAGAGCCUCRCCGGGCGCGUGUGGCGAAGGCGCCAGCCGAGGAGCAACUCGAGGACCUGCUUUGGAAACUUGUGAAUGCGAAGGGCUGCUCGGGCGGGCCGAGGGGCUCCCCGCACCUUCCCGCGGAGCUCGGAGCGUCGCCGGGGCGAGACCUUGUCGUGCCGGAGCGCGGCCCUUGCGCGGGGCCAUCCGGCACCGUCGGAAGGGACGCGGGGCGGAGGAGCGGCGCGAAGCCUGGCGGGAGAGCGGCGGGAAGGAUGAGGAAACGGCGGCGCGGGGGGAGCAGAGCUGUCGGGGAAGGGGGCUGUGCAGCUACUGAUCCAGGACUUUGGAUCCACGUAGUGUUUUAACAAAAUCAGCCAUUUGUUGACUUCUGGGGUGCCGAUCCUGUUGCGGGGGGUGGGGGUUUCGUCUCGUGGGUUCUCUCAUCAGAUCCCUUGAUGGCUUCGUAGCCCCACAAUUCACAGUUGCCUCCUCUACUUGUUCUGUGUGUAACUUCAUCAAGUGGUUUUGGUGAUAACUCAAACCUAGAAGCUGGAGAUAGUGUUUUCCCACCAGCACCUAAACACAGAAUUUCCUUCUGCGGCAUUGUCGAAAUAGUUAAUUUUUUUAUAAGGUUACAAUGUUUCUAUUUGAAACAUCUGUUUACAUUCCAUAUUCCAAUAAAGUUCUAUUGG